AUGGCGGCGGCGGGGAGAUGUGGACAUUGGGCAGCAAUGGCAGGGACCACCGGCGGUAGCGGAGAUGGGAAACGCAGCUGCACGGCAGCAGAGAUGGUAGACGUGGCUAAGAGGAGGCUGGUGGUGGCGCAGACAGAAGGGAGGAGUCUGGCCGCGACAAAGAUGGAAGGAAGAGUCGCGCGAACGGGAUCACUAAAUGAUAUCAAUGUACUUCGAAGGUCUCCCCUUUUUCAGCGACUAACUUCAGGAACUUCACCUCUAAUUGAGUACACUGUGAAUAGCAAUAAGUACACCAUGGGUUAUUAUUUGGCAGAUGGGAUCUAUCCUUCUUGGCCUACAUUUGUGAAGAGCUACAGAAGUCCACAAGGUAACAAGAAGUCUCACUCCACACAAGCUCAAGAAGCGGCCAGGAAGGACGUUGAGAGAGCAUUUGGUGUUUUGCAGUUACGCUUUGCCAUGAUUAGGGGUCCUGCAAGAUUUUGGGGCAAGGAUAUGCUAUGGUACAUAUUGACAGCAUAUGUGAUCAUGCAUAAUAUGAUAACCGAGAAUGAGAGAGAUGACGCCGAUGUUGGGGAAUAUGACUAUGAUCAAGAUGGGGGUGAGGAGUUGAGGCAGGAGGAAUACCAACGCCGCAAUCCAAAUGUGAUGUCCGAGUUUCUCAGGAUACACAAGGAGAUUGAAGAUAAAGAGGGGCAUGAGAAACUCCGAAACGAUCUUGUGGAGCAUUUGUGGGCACGACAUGGCGCAAGUUAA